CAGCGCUGUAUAAACCUAUCAAGACUGCAAACAAACACAACACACUCAGCGCAAUGAUAUUCAUCGGCAACCACAUGAAAAUGACAACAUGGUAAAACAGCGGGGAAUAUAACCGUUUCGCAUUCUAAACUCGAUAUUUUUAUCAAUGAAACGGCAUGAUUCGCAGUGAAAAGGGAUUCAUCGAGGUGGAACUGAAGAGGGAAGGCGAGUGUUUUGUAAAUGUAAUAGGAAAGAACACGAGAGCCGGAGAGUGAGAGAAAGACAGAGGGAACGAGAGUGAGAGAGAGAAAGAGAGAGAGAGAGAGAGAGAGAGAGAGAGAGAGCGCAUGUCUAAUAUCUCCUUGCAGCCACUAGACGCUCCUUACCACUGGCGAGUCUCUCGCUCUCCCUCUCCCCCAUCUUACAUGUGUAACGUUUAGUGAGCCGGACAGAGCCUUCUCCAGCGGCUGUGGACACUGCGGGGAGAAUACAGCAACCAUGGAUUGUUAAAACUCAAUCUCUAUAUUUUUCUCCCUUCUCUUUUCCUCUUUCUCUUUCUCUUUUCCUCUUGCUCUCUCCGCGUGUCACCAUCCUCAAUGUCUCCCGACAGCUUUUAAUGCAACGAAAAUGAGGAUUACUUACUUACAGCUGAUCUUGGUAUUUGCUGGCUUUUGGGAAAUGGCAAUGGGGGCUUUUCCGAGCAGCGUUCAAAUCGGGGGACUCUUCAUCAGAAACACCGAUCAGGAAUACACAGCCUUUCGCCUGGCCAUCUUUCUGCACAACACCAGCCCCAACGCUACAGAGGCUCCCUUUAACCUGGUGCCUCAUGUAGACAAUAUUGAGACAGCCAACAGUUUCGCCGUCACCAAUGCCUUCUGUUCGCAGUACUCCCGGGGCGUCUUCGCCAUCUUUGGCCUGUACGACAAGCGGUCAGUGCACACGCUGACGUCCUUCUGCAGCGCGCUGCACAUCUCGCUGAUCACACCCAGCUUCCCCACCGAGGGCGACACCCAGUUCGUCCUGCAACUGCGGCCCUCCAUCCGAGGGGCCCUCCUCAGUCUGCUCGACCACUACGACUGGAACCGCUUCGUCUUCCUCUACGACACAGACCGAGGAUAUGCCAUCCUGCAGGCGAUUAUGGAGAAAGCAGGGCAAAACAGCUGGCAGGUGAGCGCCAUCUGUGUGGAGAACUUCAACGACGCCAGCUACCGGCGUCUCCUUGAGGACCUUGACCGCAGAGACGAGAAGAAGUUCGUCAUUGACCUGGAAGCGGAGAGGCUUCAGAACAUUCUAGAACAGAUCGUCAGUGUGGGGAAGCACGUGAAGAGCUACCAUUACAUCAUUGCCAAUCUGGGCUUCAAGGAUAUCUCCCUGGAGCGCUUCAUGCAUGGUGGGGCCAACGUGACGGGCUUCCAGCUGGUGGACUUCAGCAAGCCCAUGGUCAUUAAGCUCAUGCAGCGCUGGAACAAGCUGGACCAGAGGGAGUACCCGGGAUCAGACAGCCCACCAAAGUACACAUCCUCUCUGACAUAUGAUGGAGUACUGGUGAUGGCAGAGGCAUUCCGGAACCUCCGCCGGCAGAAAAUAGACAUCUCUCGACGAGGGAAUGCCGGGGACUGUCUGGCAAAUCCAGCCGCCCCUUGGAACCAGGGCAUUGAUAUGGAGCGCACCCUGAAACAGGUGCGCAUCCAAGGCCUGACGGGCAACAUUCAGUUUGACCACUACGGCCGCAGAGUCAACUACACCAUGGAUGUGUUUGAGCUGAAGAGCAACGGUCCACGCAAGAUUGGCUACUGGAACGACAAUGACAAGCUGGUGCUGGUCCAGAAUGAGCAGCUCUCGUCCAACGAUAGCUCCGGCAUUGAGAACCGCACUGUCAUCGUCACCACCAUCAUGGAGGGGCCCUACGUGAUGCUGAAGAAGAACUGGGAGCUGUAUGAGGGCAACGACCGUUUCGAGGGCUACUGCGUGGACCUGGCCUCCGAGAUCGCCAAGCACAUCAACUUCAAGUACAAGAUCUCCAUCGUGCCCGACGGGAAGUACGGGGCCCGGGACCCGGAGACGAAGAUCUGGAACGGAAUGGUCGGGGAGCUGGUCUACGGGAGAGCCGAGAUCGCAGUGGCCCCUCUGACCAUUACCCUCGUGCGUGAGGAGGUGAUCGACUUCUCCAAGCCCUUCAUGAGCUUGGGCAUCUCCAUCAUGAUCAAGAAGCCCCAAAAGUCCAAGCCCGGUGUCUUCUCCUUCCUGGAUCCGCUGGCCUAUGAGAUCUGGAUGUGUAUCGUGUUCGCCUACAUCGGCGUGAGCGUGGUCCUGUUCCUGGUGAGCCGCUUCAGCCCGUACGAGUGGCACACGGAAGAGCCUGAGGAGGGCGUCGAAGGAGGGCCCACUGACCAGCCGCCCAACGAGUUUGGUAUCUUCAACAGCCUGUGGUUCUCCCUGGGGGCCUUCAUGCAGCAAGGUUGUGACAUUUCUCCCAGGUCUCUGUCAGGUCGUAUCGUGGGAGGUGUGUGGUGGUUCUUCACCCUCAUCAUCAUCUCCUCCUACACAGCCAACCUGGCUGCCUUUCUCACUGUCGAGCGCAUGGUGUCGCCCAUUGAGAGUGCUGAGGACCUGGCCAAGCAGACGGAAAUCGCCUACGGCACGCUGGACUCGGGUUCCACCAAGGAGUUCUUCCGGAGGUCAAAGAUUGCCGUCUAUGAGAAGAUGUGGAGCUACAUGAAGUCGGCCGAGCCCACGGUGUUCACCAAGACGACGGCCGAGGGUGUGGCGCGCGUGCGCAAGUCCAAAGGGAAGUAUGCCUUCCUGCUGGAGUCCACCAUGAACGAAUACACGGAGCAGCGGAAGCCGUGCGACACCAUGAAAGUCGGGGGCAACCUGGACUCCAAGGGCUACGGGGUAGCCACCCCCAAAGGCUCACAGUUAAGAAAUGCUGUUAACCUCGCAGUGUUAAAACUGAACGAACAAGGGCUGUUGGACAAAUUGAAAAAUAAAUGGUGGUACGACAAGGGCGAGUGUGGCAGCGGAGGCGGUGACUCCAAGGACAAGAGCUCCCAGGCCCUGAGCCUCAGCAACGUGGCUGGGGUCUUCUACAUCCUGGUGGGGGGCCUGGGUCUGGCAAUGUUGGUGGCGCUGGUUGAGUUCUGUUACAAGUCACGGGCCGAAGCCAAGAGAAUGAAGGUGGAAUCGGCCGAACUGAAUUUUAGCCCUUCUCCAAGCCCCUCCCAGAGCACCCAGAAUUUAGCCACUUAUAGAGAAGGGUACAACGUAUACGGCUCCGAGGGUGUUAAGAUAUAGGGGUAGGACUUAGGGUCUCCUUUAGUAGGUGGGGUGGUGGUGCGUCUUUUUCUCGUAGCUCAAGCAGUGUGCUUAUUUCUUUUCUUUUUCUUUUUCUUUUUGUGGAUGCAUUUGAUGGUUAGCUGAUGUGACGCACUCUGUGACCGCUUCUCUUCAUCUUUUCUAUUUUUGAAAGCUUAUUGUUUGGUUUAUGUUCUUCUUUUUUUAUUGUAUUUGUUUAAAUAUUACAAUCAUUAUUGGUUUAGUAGUACAAAUGUUAUGCAUUUAUGACUUUUGUUUCACCGCGCUUUUGCUUCAAAGCUGGAGUUUAACUUUUGCAAAAGCAAAACUUGGUCCCAUCCAUUGUUUGGCUGCUGAUAAUGUUGUGCAUUUGCAGCUUCAUAUCAAAGGCACCUGCAUUACUUAUCUCAGUGUGUCAGUCCCCUCAGUAGAAGCUCCCACUUUUAACCUAUCGCUGAAAUUUUUCACAUGAAUUGUAACGCAAUGAGCACUAGAUGCUUCCACGUUAUAGAUUUGUGCCAAAUCCGAUGUAAUGAACCUUGAAUGGUCUUUAGGAGUAGUGACAUGCACUACAAACACUUUAUAGAUAUGACCUACUUGUUGGUGUCUGUGCUGCACACUUACUAGAAUGUUCAGUGUACAGUCAGUUUUUUUGUCAGUCAUCUUACUAAGAUUUACAACUAUGUUAUGUUCACAGUCUGCUGGUAACACAAAUGUAUACCCUACUCAUUGAUACUCAACACAUGAGAUACAGAUGACAUAGAGACCAUGAGGCACAGCCGAUACAACAAGAAGUUCUGUCACAUAAAGUGUUAUACUGCCCUAUACCAGGCUCCAGAUGUAAAUGCAGACUUUUUGUUCUUUAUUCAGUUUAAGGGGCCUUUAGCUUUCAUAGACCAAAACCCUGUAGUGCUGUUUUAUGAUAGAAAUGCAGAUGUCUAACAUGAUGUAUCAACUUCUUGAUGUUUGUUGUUGCCUGCUUUCUGUUUCUUUUGAGCAUUGUUUUGUUUGGUUCGGUUCAUCCUCCGUUUUGUAUCGUUGUCUGUAGAUGUGUUUGGUGGCGUAUUGUGUGUUAGUAGGUGUGAGUAUUCUUUACAAGCUGGGGACAGACUCAAUCAAACUCACACUAUUUUUUUCCCCCACCUGCCUCUCCCUUGUCUAACCCCUGACCCUUCCCCCUCACCUCCCCCCAUCCUCCAGCUCACCUUCACGGAAGCCAUGAGAAACAAGGCCCGUUUGUCCAUCACGGGUAGCGUGGGGGAGAACGGACGCGUCCUGACUCCCGACUGCCCCAAGGCCGUGCACUCUGGCCCGUCUCUCCGGCACA